UACGGAGACGCGAUGAGAUUCGCUCGCGUAAUUUCGUUAAUUAUGUUCAUGGUUGUGUUCAAUACUGUCGAGUCUAGAAUGACAAUGGAACAGUUAAAAAACACGUUGAAACCAUUUAAAAACACCUGCUUGAAAAAGACAUCAGCCGAUCCAGAUCUGGUGGAGGCAACUAAAAGUGGCCAAUUUCCCGAAGAUAGAACCCUCAUGUGUUUCCUUCGAUGUAUUUUACAAAUGCUCAAAGUGUUGAAAAAUGGCGAGCUAACCGUCGAUGCUCUGAUGACACAGAUAGACAUAAUGAUGCCAGAAGAGCACGUUGAUGAAAUAAAAGAGACAAGCCAUAAGUGCCACGCUUUGGCAAUUCAAAAGUCCGAUCCAUGCGAAACAUCCUACGAGUUCAUUAAGUGUUUCUACUUUGCGAAUCCCGCGCUCUACUUUUUCCCUUCAUUUUCAUUUUUGUCCCUGUUGUACUGUUUAGUUUUAAAAAAUUUGGCGAUCAUGAGAUCAAGUGCUUGUUUGGCGCUUGCCCUUGUCGUGAUCGGCAUUAAUCACGGAUCGGUCAACUGUGGAGAAAAAAUGGACAUAGAAGGACUGGUCAGGUUCGCGAAGCCGAUGAGAAACUCUUGCGUGCGAAAAACUGGCGUCGAUCCUGUACUCGUAGAUAAUGUACGAGCCAAAGGUGAAUUUCCGAGGGAUCCGAAACUUAUGUGUUUCUUCAGAUGCAUUUCAAUAAUGCUGAAAGUCAUGAACAAACAGUACGAGAUUACUUACAGUAUGGUGAAGCAACAAGUGGAUUUACUGGUACAAGAGGAGACCGCUGCAAAACUGUUGAAAGUCACGAAGAACUGCAUCGAGUCGAUAACUAUGACGGAAGAUUCUUGCUUGAAUGCCUGGGAAUUGGUACGCUGCGCCUACAUUACAGAUAAAUCGACCUACUUUAUUCCGUAA